AUGGAUGAUACCAGGGAUGUAUCCGAGGAUGGUCAAACAGAUAUUGAUCAAGAGAUCAGCACCGCAGCCUCUCUCGAGGAAGACACCGAUUGGCGGGAGGAUGAUGGCAAGGAUGAUCUUGCAGAUGUCGCUGUUGAGGCAGAAGACGGGGUUGAGGCCAUUUUGGACGAGCGAGAGUAG